AAGUUUCCUCCCGCGCUCGACGAGCCGGAGCUUGCUACCGUGCUUGAGCCGAAGCGGAUGCCUCCUCCCGUGCUCGACGAGCCGAAGCCGAUGCCUGUGCUAGACGAGCCGAAGCCGAUGUCUCCUCCUGUACUCGACGAGCCGAAGCCGAUGCCUGCUCCUGUGCUCGACGAGCCGAAGCGGAUGCCUGCUCCCGUGCUCGACAAGCCGAAGCCGAUGCCUGCUCCCGUGCUCGACGAGCCGAAGCCGAUGCCUGCUCCUGUGCUCGACGAGCCGAAGCGGAUGCCUGCUCCCGUGCUCGACAAGCCGACGCCGAUGCCUGCUCCUGUGCUCGAGCCGAAGCCGAUGCCUCCUCCCGUGCUCGACGAGCCGACGCCGGUACCUGCUCCCGUGCUCGAGCCGACGGCGAUGCCUGCUCCCGUGCUCGACGAGCCGAAGCCGAUGCCUGUGCUAGACGAGCCGAAGCCAAUGCCUGCUCCUCCGACGCCGAUGCCUCCUCCCGCGCUCGACGAGCCGAAGCCGAUGCCUACUCCAGUACUCGACGAGCCGAAGCCGAAGUUUCCUCCCGUGCUCGAGCCGAAGCGGAUGCCUGCUCCCGUGCUCGACGAGCCGACGCCGACGCCUCCUCCCGUGCUCGACGAGCCGAAGCCGAUGCCUGCUCCCGUGCUCGACGAGCGGAUGCCUCCUCCCGCGCUCGACGAGCCGACGCCGAUGCCUGCUCCUGUGCUCGACGAGCCGAAGCCGAUGCCUGCUCCUGUACUCGACGAGCCGAAGCCGGUGCCUGCUCCCGUGCUCGAGCCGAAGCCGAAGUUUCCUCCC